AUGAGCAUUAAUAACAUUAAGGAUGUUUGCAAUAAAACAAUACAUUGUCAAAAGCAAGAUUGCUAAUAAACACAUUAAAGAAAAUAUGUUGGAUUAUGUUUAGAAUAUUUGAAAUAAAUUGAUGAUGAUGAAGAUAAAGAAUAAGAUAAUUAAUUACUAAAAUGUUCUAAUCCUAAUUGUAAAUUGUAUCAUUUUAAUUUUGAAUAAAUGAAUAUAUUGUUUUAGAUUCCUCCAAUAAAUGGUAUUUGGAUGUUUAAUUUAUGCACUCAAAAUAAUUGUAAUCUUAAUGAAUGUCAAUUUUUACAUUUAAAAUGGGCCUAAGGAGUAUGUUUGAAAUAAUUAUUCAGCAACAGAUGCAAGAGUUAAUAAUGUUAAUAAUAAAAGCGACAUAUAUCUUGGUAGGACCUUAGAGAAGAAGUUUACUAAUAAUAUAAUAUUGCCGAAAUAAAUCCAGAAAUUAUAAAUGAAUCAGGAGAAUCUUAAUAUGCAUAAAAUUUAAUAAAUAAAAAUUUAUGCAUAAAAUAUUUAAAAGGUGAAUGUCCUGAAUUGAAAUGUUCAAGAAUACACUGUUAAUGGGAAGAAAUUUAAUAUUUACGAUUUUUUCAAUAAAUUUUAUAUCCUUGUACUAAUUAAAAUAGUUAAUAUAGCUUUAUUAAUUUUAUUGAGGAAGCAUAGAAUACACAAUCUUAACUAUAAAUUCUAUGCGAAAAGGAGAAACUGAGAAAAUUAUAAAAGGAAAUCAAUUAAGCAAAUAUAAUAGAUAUUAUAUUCAUAGUAGAUUUCACAAAAUCAAUGAAAAAUUGGUUGAAAACCAUAAAAUUUUAGCUAGUCAAAAUAAUUAAUUAAUUCAGCGCAAAGAUUAAUGGAUAUGGAAUAAGAGUAGGAUUUGUUGGGUAUCGAGAUAUUUGCGAAGAAAAAGACUAAUUAAUAUAUAGAGGUUUAACUGAAAACCUUGAAGAAAUAUUUAAAUUUAUUUCAUAAUUAGAAGCUCAAGGUGGAGGAGAUUAAGCUGAAGAUGUGAUUGCUGGAUUAAAAUAAGGAUUAAAAUUAAAUAUAUCAUUACAUCCGAAUAGUAUUUUAUGUACAUUCUUAAUUGCUGAUGCUCCAUGUCAUGGUAAAUAAUAUCAUAAUGAUAAUAUUUCAGAUGAUCAAAAUGAUACUGUUGAAAAUUAAAGUUUAGAAAAUGUAAUGAAAUAAUACAAGGAUAGAAAGAAGUUUAGUUUUUUCACUUGUUUUAAAAUUAAUGAUUCAACAGAUAUAAUGUUUUAAAAAAUGUAAGAACAAUUUCCUGAAUUGAUGAUAACAAAAAAAAGUUAGCCAAACGAUUUUCCAGAACUUGUUGCAUUUGCUCUUGAAUCAUCUAUUACUUUUAGUCUUAAUCCGUAAAUUCUUCAGUAAAAAAAAUAAUAUCUAUAUACAGAAGCAAAUUUCAUUAGACCAACAAUUAUUAAUUUGGAUCUUUCAAAUAAAUAAAUAAAAAAAUCUAAAUUUUGGGAGAAUUUUUAUGAUUCUGUUGAUUAAUUUUAAAGAAGUGGUGUUUCUGCUUUAGAAAUUAAUUAAGAGCCUGAAAUAAUAUAAAAUGAUGCUCAUAGGAAUACUUGUGUAUUUAAAAUUUUUGAUGCUCAGAAUAAUAUAAUUAUGCUAGCUAAAUUAUCUAAAGAACAUGUUAAAAAAUUUAAAGAAAAUUAAUUAUCAAAAAAUGAUAUAAAAAUAGCUGAAGAAAAAGCAAAAGUUAGAUAUUAUGUUGCUGCAUAUGCAAAUGAAUUAGCUUAUAGAUUUAGAUAAAAAACCAAAGAAUUUAAAGAAAUACCUCCAAUUUUUUAUGCCUCACCUAUCCUUUAUACUUUAACUAAUCCAUUCUAUGGUGUAACAAAAUUAUAUGCAGAAACCUAUAUUGAUUCAGCAUAAUAUAAUUGGAGAAAGUAUUCAAACAAUGGUGCUUUAAGUUACCAAGAAUUUUAUUAUUAUACUUCUUUUAGUCAUUUUACUUAUGCAGAAACAGAAGGAACUCUAGUUAUAUUAGAUUUAUAAGGAUCAGAUAAUAUUUUUAGUGAUGCUUCGGCAUAAACCUUAGCAAAUAAAAUUCCAAUCUUAGAAUAAGACAAUACAAAUUAAAAAGAAAUAGGAAUUGAUAUUUUUUUAAAAUAACAACACUAAAAAUGUAGUAUUGUAUGUUAAAAACUUGGAUUAUCAAGAUAGAACUUUUAAAAUUCAAAUUAAAAUAUUGAUGAACAUAGUUGGAAUAUUUAGGAUCAAGACUAACUAUAAAUUAUAUGUGAAAAAUGUCUAUAAUUAAGAUACUAUUCUAUAAAAGAAUAUAGAUAAAAAAAAGAAGUUAAGUGUGAAAAUUGUAUAGAUUUAGAUUAAUAACCAAUAGAAGCAAUAUGUAGAUGCUGUUAAAAUUUAUUUCAUUAUGACCCAAACGAAUAUCUAUAAUCUUUAAAUUAGUAUGGUUAUUGCAAAAAGUGUAAAUCGACAUGUAUUCAAUAAUAAAAUAAAUGUCUAUACUGUUCUUUUAAAUGUUCAUUUAAGUUAAAAUAAAUUGCUCAAUCCAAUUUAUAUAUAUGCCCAAAUGGGUAUUAAUACUUAUAAACAAUCUAUUGUAGUAUUUGCUAAAUGAAAUAUUAAUUUUUAAAAAUCCUUUCAUUAUAAGAGUAUUAAACAGGGAAAUUUAUUUGUUGUCAGAAUACAUGA